AUGAAGAGACUGGUUGUCCACUUACGCCCCCCCCCUUUCCUCCCCUCCUCUCCUCUUCCUAUUCUCUCGUUGCUCCCUGCUCACCUCUCUCUCCUACCAGACCACACCCUGCUACCCACUCUCUCACACCCGCUUCUCUCAUACCCUCCUCUCUCCCACCUUCCUGUGCACCGGAACCAGCUGCUAACAACCUCCCUCUCCUCUCCCUGCUCGCUCUCCUUUCUCCUCCGUCACCUCCUCCCUCCUUUCCGAUUACCCCUGUUCCUCGUCCUCCCUCCCUUCCUUCCCUCCUUUGUCUCGCAUGCUCGCUGCUUCCCAUGCGCCCAGCACCCACCAUCCCACCCCUCUCAUUCUCACCCCUCUCAUUCUCACCCCUCUCAUUCUCACCCCUCUCAUUCUCACCCCUCUCAUUCUCACCCCUCUCAUUCUCACCCCUCUCACCCCUCUCACCGUCACACUUCUCACCCUCACCACUCUCACCCCCCUCAUCCCUCUCAACCCUCUCACCCCUCUCAACCCUCUCCCCCCCUUUACCCCUCUCACUCCUGCAAGGAGGGGGAAGAGUGGCGAAGGGGAAGGGGAGGAGGGGAGAAGGAGGGAGCAGGGGGGGGAGGAGGUGUGGGGAGGGGGGCGAGAAAGGGCGUGCAGGGGAGAGAGGAGGAGAGGAUGGAUGGUUGGUUGACUGCACUUGACCCACCAUCACCGCACUGGACGCGCUUGACCCACCAUCCCUAUGGCGCGCCCCUCCUGCGCAACAUCAGAGUGGAGCGCUGCACCACCAUUCCCCCGCACAACCAGCUCCACACCAUCUGCCCAUCUGCACCACCAUUCCCCCGCACUACCAGCUCCACACCAUCUGCCCAUCUGCACCACCAUUCCCCCGCACUACCAGCUCCACACCAUCUACCCAUCUGCACCACCAUUCCCCCGCACUACCAGCUCCACACCAUCUGCCCAUCUGCACCACCAUUCCCCCGCACUACCAGCUCCACACCAUCUACCCAUCUGCACCACCAUUCCCCCGCACUACCAGCUCCACACCAUCUGCCCAUCUGCACCACCAUUCCCCCGCACUACCAGCUCCACACCAUCUGCCCAUCUGCACCACCAUUCCCCCGCACUACCAGCUCCACACCAUCUACCCAUCUGCACCACCAUUCCCCCGCACUACCAGCUCCACACCAUCUGCCCAUCUGCACCACCAUUCCCCCGCACUACCAGCUCCACACCAUCUACCCAUCUGCACCACCAUUCCCCCGCACUACCAGCUCCACACCAUCUGCCCAUCUGCACCACCAUUCCCCCGCACUACCAGCUCCACACCAUCUGCCCAUCUGCACCACCAUUCCCCCGCACUACCAGCUCCACACCAUCUGCCCAUCUGCACCACCAUUCCCCCGCACUACCAGCUCCACACCAUCUGCCCAUCUGCACCACCAUUCCCCCGCACUACCAGCUCCACACCAUCUGCCCAUCUGCACCACCAUUCCCCCGCACUACCAGCUCCACACCAUCUGCCCAUCUGCACCACCAUUCCCCCGCACUACCAGCUCCACACCAUCUGCCCAUCUGCACCACCAUUCCCCCGCACUACCAGCUCCACACCAUCUGCCCAUCUGCACCACCAUUCCCCCGCACUACCAGCUCCACACCAUCUACCCAUCUGCACCACCAUUCCCCCGCACUACCAGCUCUGCCUCAAGCAGGGAGGGCGCAAGGGGGGGAGGAGGCGCAGGGGACGCGGGGGGGGACGCGGAGGACGCGGGGGGCGUGGAGGGCGACAAGGUGCCCAUCGCCCCCUCCUCCUCCCAGCAAGUCCCUCUGGAAAUCUGCACCACCACUCCCCUCCAUGACCAGCUCUGCCUCAAGAGCGGAGGGCAAGGAGGGCGACAAGCACGUCCCUCUUUGGCGCGCUGCACCACCACCACUCCCCCCUGGCGCCAUGUCAACGUCAAGCAUGGAGGGCAAGGAGGGCGAGAGGGCGCCCCAUGGCCCUCUCCUCCUGCAGCACAGCACGUCCCCCUUUGGCGCGCUGCACCCCCACCACUUCCUCCCCCCGGCGUUGUGUCAGCGUCAUGCAGGAAGGGCGAGAAGGGCGAGACAGCGCCCAUGGCCCUCUCCCCGUGCAGCACGUCCCUGAGGCGUGCGCGGAAGUUGGUGAGGAAGGUCCUUAUGGCGGCGAGGAAGCUGUGCAGAAGGCGGCAGACCCCAGGGAAGGUUGUUGGGCUUGCAGGGGGGCUAGAAGGGCUUGGGGAAGAGAUGUGCGCGGUGCUCUGCGGGGAAGGCAGCGGAGAGGAAGCGGUGACGCAAGCAGCACACUCCGGAGGAUUCUAA